AGCUUCUCAACCCAAUGCUGUGGGUCAUUCUCCCUGAUAUAAACAACCGAGAACGCUCCACUUCUUUGGGCUGACAGGAUGGCCAAGGUUUGUCUAAUUGUCCUCGCCACAUGCUUGUUGCUGGAGACCUACGGACUAGAAGCUGUCGUCUUGGAUGACCAGACAGGCCGCGUGCUGCUGCCCCGUCACUCUGCCAACGGCGUGCUGCGGCGCCAGCGGCGCUACAACACGGGCCGGCUGGAGGAGCUCCAAAGGGACAACCUGGAGCGAGAGUGUCUGGAGGAGAGGUGCAACAUGGAGGAGGCCAGGGAGGUGUUUGAGAACAACGAGGGGACCAUGGAGUUCUGGGCCCGCUACGUUGACGGUGACCAAUGUAAACCAGAGUCUCCUUGUCAAAACGGGGGAUUGUGUAAAGACGGUGUCAACGGCUACUUCUGCUUCUGCCAAGCUGACUUCAGCGGGAAGAACUGUGAGAUAGAGAUCGCCAAGCAGUGCGACAACAACAACGGGGGCUGUGCCCACUUCUGUGCGAUGCAGCAGGAGCGCUCCGUGUGCCAUUGUGCCCAGGGAUACAAGCUGCAGCCUGAUAGGAAGAGCUGUGAGUCAACAGAGCUGUUUGCCUGCGGCCACAUCAUCAAGCCCGCUGUGGCGGCCCGGGGAGCCGGCAGAUCGCUGGACUUGGACCUGCUCCUGAACCUCAACGACUACCAGGGCUCCGUCUCCAACCUCUCCCGACCCUUGACCUCCGGCAACACCACGGUCGCCGUGCCGACGGAGGGCGGGUCAACGGAGGCGGAGCUGACAGAGGGCGGGCCGACGGAGGGCGGGCCGACGGAGGCGGAGCCGACAGAGGGCGGGUGGACGGAGGGCGUGAUGACGACGGCCGCGUGGCCCGGUGGGAAGGGGGAGGGGGAGGGGGAGGGGGAGGGGGAAGGGGAGGGAGGGAUACCCCACUGGCAGUUCUACCCCACCGUGGGCACCAUCACGUCACAGGACAACAAUGACCAGAGGAUCAUAGGAGGAAAUGAGGCCAUCCCCGGGGAGAUCCCCUGGCAGGCGUGCCUGAUGGCCAGGGGAGUGUCGUUCUGCGGCGGCUCUCUGCUCAACGAGAUCUGGGUCAUCACGGCCGCCCACUGCCUGACCGAGCACCAGCUCACCGUGGCGGACUACAUCGUACGACUGGGAGAGCACGACCUGACGGUGCAGGAGGGCCACGAGCGUGACCACACCGUGGCGGAGCAGAUCCUGCACCCGUCGUACGACAUGCACACGUCCCGCCACAACCACGACCUCGCCCUGCUGCGGCUGGCCGGCCCCGUGGAGCUGUCGGCGCGGCGGCUGCCCGUGUGUCUGGGCCCCAAGGACUUCACCGAGAAGCUGCUGACGGGGGCCGAGAGCUCCCGGGUGAGCGGCUGGGGCAAGAUCAACGCGGGGCAGAUGGCCCCGCGGCUGAAGACGCUGGCGGUGCCGUACGUGGACCGCACCCUGUGCAAGAGGAGCAGCAGCGACCACAUCACCCGCUUCAUGUUCUGCGCGGGCUACGACGCGGCGCCCAUGGACGCGUGUCAGGGCGACAGCGGGGGGCCCCACGUCACCGACCACCACGGCACCUGGUUCCUGACGGGCAUCGUCAGCUGGGGCGAGGAGUGCGCCAAGGCGGGGAAGUACGGCGUGUACACGCGCGUGUCGCGCUACUACGGCUGGAUCAGCAACAUCACGGCGGCCCGGUGAGCUCUCCGGAGCAGAGGGAGGGGUGAGGGGGGGGGGGGGGGGGAGCCGAGGCCUCUGGGGAACGCAGACCGGUUCGUCAUCGUUUGAAGGCUGCAGGGUCAUGUGUUUAGAACGGCUUGUCACUACUGGUCCGAGGAACGUGGGUGUUUUGAUUCCGUUGGGUUGGUCACUUGGUAUCAGCGUUGUGAUCCAUCUUAAUUGUUGAUAUGUUGAAUUGUGUAAUUAAACUGAAUGUAAACUCCUUA